AUGUAUACUCGGUACCGGCUUGACUUAAACUCCCGAUGCACAUCAUGCAUACAUUAUGAUUCCGCUUCUUUGAUUCACCCUGAUCUCUCAGUCUGCGAUAAACCAGCUGAAGUCACCAAGCACUCUACAAAUCGAUCACUUACUACUACUUCGAAUAUGUCAAUAGACCCAUCAUCAGUAAAAUUCACAUCUGAACCCACAUCCAAGCCGGAUUCCGCUGAUACGCCUGUCAAGCGAGGCCGAGGAAGGCCACGUAAAUCAAUCGUUGACUCGAACGCUUCCACAUCACCCAAACGCAAACGCGGUCGGCCCACUAAGGGAUCUGAUGGUGAUCAAGACUCUUUGAUUAAGAAGAAGAAAACCAUCGAUGUACCCAUGGAGUUUGAAGGAACUACGUUUUCAGUCGAUGUUAGUGAAGUGCUCACACGACUAGAUUAUCACACAUUCUCUAAACCUCUCCGGCACUGCUUUCUCGGAAUUGUUCGGGAUGUGGUCGAGAUUACUCGGAAGGAGCGUUCAAAUCAACUAUCAAAUUUGACGGUGGACCCCACCUUAUUAUCGGAAGAUACACAUUCGCUCUUAGUUCCAGAUGACACGGCGAACCACACCCGGAUGCACUAG